AUGUGGGUCACCGUGAGCCUCAUGCUCCCCCGUGGCUUCCUGUCGCAUGAUGCACUUUCUAGCCCCUGUGCCUUGGCUUCUCCUAGCAACCCCUUGAGGGAGCAAGGGGGACAGGGAGCUGGGACUGGCCCUGACCAUGCUCUGCCUUCCCCCCUGCCAGGCACCCACUCGCAGGUGGUUCAGGUGAACGAUUCCAUGUAUGGCUUCAUCGGCACAGACGUGGUACUGCACUGUAGCUUUGCCAACCCUCUGCCCGCUGUGAAGAUCACCCAGGUCACGUGGCAGAAGGCCACCAACGGCUCCAAGCAGAAUGUGGCCAUCUAUAAUCCAGCCAUGGGUGUGUCCGUGCUGCCUCCCUACCGUGAGCGAGUGAAGUUCCUGCGGCCAUCCUUCAUCGACGGCACCAUUCGCCUCUCCCGCCUGGAGCUGGAGGACGAGGGCGUCUACAUCUGCGAGUUUGCUACCUUCCCAACCGGCAACCGGGAGAGCCAACUCAAUCUCACUGUGAUGGCCAAACCCACCAACUGGAUAGAAGGCACCCAGGCGGUGCUUCGAGUCCGGAAGGGGCAGGAUGACAAGGUCCUGGUGGCCACCUGCACUUCAGCCAAUGGGAAGCCUCCUAGCGUGGUGUCCUGGGAAACCCGGCUAAAGGGCGAAGCCGAGUACCAGGAGAUCCGAAACCCCAAUGGCACCGUGACCGUCAUUAGCCGUUACCGCCUCAUACCCAGCCGGGAGGCCCACCGGCAGUCCCUGGCCUGCAUUGUCAACUACCAUCUGGACCGCUUCAAGGAGAGCCUCACUCUCAAUGUGCAGUAUGAGCCCGAGGUGACCAUUGAGGGGUUUGAUGGCAACUGGUACCUGCAGCGGACAGAUGUGAGGCUCACAUGCAAAGCUGACGCUAACCCCCCAGCCACGGAGUACCACUGGACCACGCUGAACGGCUCUCUCCCGAAGGGCGUGGAGGCCCAGAACAGGACCCUCUUCUUCAGGGGACCCAUCAAUUACAGUCUGGCAGGGACUUACAUCUGUGAGGCCACCAACCCCAUCGGUACCCGCUCGGGCCAGGUGGAGGUCAAUAUCACAGAAUUCCCCUAUACCCAAUCUCCUCCUGAGCAUGGGCUGCGUGCGGGGCCGGUGCCCACGGCCAUCAUUGGGGGCGUGGCGGGGAGCGUCCUGCUGGUGCUGAUUGUGGUCGGCGGGAUCGUGGUGUCCCUGCGUCGGCGCCGACACACCUUCAAGGGUGACUACAGCACCAAGAAGCACGUGUACGGCAACGGCUACAGCAAGGCGGGCAUCCCUCAGCACCACCCGCCCAUGGCGCAGAACCUGCAGUACCCCGACGACUCGGACGACGAGAAGAAGGCCGGCCCGCUGGGCGGGAGCAGCUACGAGGAGGAAGACGAGGAGGAGGGCGGCGGAGGGGGCGAGCGCAAGGUGGGCGCCCCCCACCCUAAGUACGACGAGGAUGCUAAGCGGCCCUACUUCACUGUGGACGAAGCCGAGGCCCGACAGGACAGCUAUGGGGACCGGACUCUGGGCUACCAGUACGACCCCGAGCAGCUGGACUUGGCUGAGAACAUGGUUUCUCAGAACGACGGGUCUUUCAUUUCUAAGAAGGAGUGGUAUGUGUAGCCCCCACCCCCCCCAUUUGUGGAGCCUCUGUCUGUGCCCACUUCUCCCUGCCCCUACCCGCACG